AUGGAAAUCGAAAACUCAAACGUCGAGGCGCAAAAGAGCACCUUGGCUAUUGCUCAAAUCGAGAAAGCUGGAGUCCGCCCUUAUGACGCUAUACGCCUUCGUAGACUCAGACACAAGAUCGAUCUUCGACUGAUGCCCAUCUUUGCCUGGGUAUAUCUUCUCAACUACCUUGAUCGCUCCAAUAUUGGGAACGCCAAAAUCCUCAACCGCGAGACCGGCGACUCUUUCCUCCAGUCAUUCCAUAUGACUACCAAUGACUACGCUGUCACCAUCACAGUCUUUGCAGUGGCUUACAGUCUCUUCGACGUGCCUGCCAAUUUCGCGCUCAAACGAUUCUUCCGGCCUUCUAUCUGGUUCGGACUAUUGUUUUUCUGCUGGGGAGUGCUCACACUCUCGUUUGCAUGGUUGAAAAAUUAUGCUUCGGUCUUGGUGAUUCGAUUUCUCAUCGGGGUUUCGAGGCAGGCUUCUAUCUUGGUACCUAUGCACACACUUGAGAUGAGGCAGGAAGAGCGCUCUGUGAGAAUCGCUUUCUUUUCGGCAUCAACAACACUGGCUGGAGCCUUUGGUGGCUGCGUCGCCUAUGGAGUGGGCUUCAUCAACGGCCACUCUGGUCUGAAAGGAUGGCAGUGGCUCUUCGUGAUCGAAGGCCUCAUCACAAUCCUCAGCACCCUCAUCCUCAUUGUCUACCUCCCCGACUAUCCAUCGACCGCAAAAUGGCUCACAGAGGAAGAGAGGGAACUUGUCCAGCAGGGUCUGGAAGAGCAAAACAGUUCUUUCACGAGAGAACCUGCAAGCCGUCGCGAGAUCCUACAGGCGCUCAGCCCACGCAUGGUUGUACAUUACGUGGCUUUCUUUCUCGACGUGAUCGUCUUCGCUUCACUUUCCUACUUUUCUCCCACCAUUGUCAACGGCCUCGGCUACGCAUCUGUCAAGGCACAACUUAUGACCGUACCACCGUGGUGUGUGGGAUUUGUCGUUUCCCUUUGUCUAGCUUGGUCCGCCGAUCAUUUUAAUGCUCGCGGUUACCAUGCAGCAGGAGCUUCAAUGCUCAGUGGCAUAGGAUUCAUGACAAGUGCCGUCCUCCCUGCGGAUGCAUACCUCCAACGAUAUGGUGCCUUGAUCCUGGCUUCUGCUGGGGCCUUCCCCACGCUCGCCCCGCUUGCAGGAUGGGUAACGUGCAAUGCUCCCAGCCAGAGGACGAUUGGUCUUGCUGCAGGAUUGAAUAGUGCCGGUGUCGGCUUAGCCUCCAUAGUCGCGGCAUGGAUCUGGAGAGGGAGCGAGGCAGCAGCAGGCUUUCCGACAGGAAACAAAGUCUGUGCCGUGUGCAGCUUCGUCUGUGCCGUCCUUGCACUCGGAUUGAGGUGGGAGUAUGGGAGACUGAAUCGGCAAGCCAAAGAAGCUGUGGAUGGGGUCCAGCGAGUGUGGCUGUAUUGA